AUGUUUGUAAUAGCACUGCCUGGUAUCAAUCUGGAUGAGGAAAUCAGGCUGACAACAAACAACCGCGAGCGAGCACAAAUGGACAAUAUGGCAGACCUGUACUCUAUCAUUGUCGUAUUAGAGCAUCUGGAAUUGGCGUACAUCCGCAGUUCCAUCACCCAUACAGAAUACACCCCAGCAUGUCGACAGUUGAUUGCACAGUUCAGGACAGCAUCGAGUUUGCUCGGAGAGGUGGUACCUGAUUUGGAAAAGUUCAUGAAGGAAUACAACCUCGAUUGCCCGGCAGCAGCUAAGAGGAUCAAGAUUGGAGUGCCGGCGACCGUGGAGUUUGGCGAUGGCGUUUCGAACGAAGCAAACGGACACCGCACUGCCAAAUACGUUGCCGAGACCGUCCAGAGUUAUAUUACGGUCGUGGAUGUGCUCAAGCUGGGAAUGGCGGCAGUGGACCAAAUUCAUCCUCUACUUGCCGAUCUGAUGCAGAGUCUCAACAAUGUGCGCUCCUUGCCAGCAGACUUUGAAGGAAGAGCCAAAGUUCGAGAAUGGUUGAUCAAGCUGAACGGCAUGAAGGCAAGCGAGGAAUUGAACGCGGAGGAAAAGCGACAGCUGGAGUUUGAUCUUGAAAGCAAUUAUACUGCCUUCCGUGGAUGGCUCGAUAACCAGUAG